ACUUCGAAAAGAUGGUUUAGUCCAAACGGGAACGACAGCUUCACCGCCUAUCGCUAAAAGGGGGCAGCUGUUUCUGUGGCCACCGAGUUUAGUAAAUGAUUGUAGCUAUAGAUGCAUCGGUAAAAGGCUCCAAUCAGGCUACAGUAAUAAUUAACGGAGAUCGGAGCUAAUACAAGUGAAAGAUUAAAUCAAAUGUGUUUACUAGACGGAUGCAGACAACCUCAAAAAGCCAAUGGUAUAACUGCAUCAUCAGACGGAGAUGGCGUACCCUUUGGUUCGUGCGGUGCGAGUCCACGUCGCAGUUUUCGAAUUUGUCCCGCAAUAUACCAUACUAUGUAGCGUUACGCGUUAUGUGGGUAGCAGCCAUGAUGAACGAUUAAGUUUUAAAGAUUCCGUGGCCUGCCGUAGCAUGGCGCCGAGAGUGGAACUAACUGAUCUGUUCGUCCGCAUUCGGGUGACCUCAAGUCCUCGAACGGGACUUAAGAUAUUGAAAGUCUACGUAGGAGUCUUUACAGACAUGAUAUGAUCCUACCAUUGUGCCACGGUAUCUGCACGACCCCAAGAGAGCGCGCUAGUUUCCUCGAAUCCUGACGGUACAGUAGACGUACCCCAGCCACUGCGCGAGGGAUGCACGGCUUGGGGUUGAGGGCGAGACGACCCAUGACGAAUUGUGCUUCCCGCGUUAGAAGGAAAGAGAGUUUCACCUUUAAAUAAUGGCAGACUCCAACGGAGAUCUCACUCUGAAUCUUGCGGCCGAACAGAGCGCGGUCUCAAAGAUGCGCUUGCUAUAUUUGGUGUUCGGUUUGCUGGCGAUCACAACGGCUAGUACCCAUUUUGCUGGUAUAGUAGGUGCCGUGAAGGGCGUCACGGCACUUGGCGAUGCCGUAUCUAGGCUAGUGACCACUAUUUUGCCGGCUGGUUUGCUGCUGCCAUUUGCCGCACUAGGCCCUCUAAAGUUGUCGCUUCCGAUGCUUCUCGCCCUAAAAGGAAUGGGCUUUCUUAAAUUUAAGCUGCUGCUUACCAAAGUGCCCCUCCUAUCACCGGUGAAUAUUGCGUCUGCAAAGUUUGGCCUGCUUAGGGCCAAGUAUGGACUAGGAAGAACUGCACUUUCUACCGUUGGUAAGGCCAAGAUGGGCUUGAUUCAACUGCCCGUGAAGCUUACCGCCUUCAAAUUGGGAGCUUUGGCUGGAACGACGGCUGGUGCUAAGGCAGGCCUAGCUGCUUAUAAAACCAGGCCGAAGAUGGGCAUCUUAAAAGCGACACUUCUGCCUACAACUACUCUGUUCAGUGAGUCGAGAAAUCUUCUCAAUAAUAUCAGCAUUCCAAUGAAAAAGAUCACCGUGCAAAUUCAACGCGACCACAAACGUAACCAUGCCGAACCCGAAGCAGAAUCUGGAUCAGAAGAGCCUUUAUACGAUCAGCGGCACACAAUGGCGCCUCGUCCUGCCCCGGCUUAUACCCCAUUACCAUCCCCCUAUACUCCAGCACCCCCGGCCUAUACCCCGUCGGCACCUGCAUAUGUCCCAGCGCCAUUGCCAGAACCGAUAUACCGCAAACGUCGCAGCGCUUAUACUGUUGACGAUCAACUUACCGUAGAAGCUUUGAGUAGCAUUUUCACAUAUAUUCAGACGUACGACUCAGACCGCUGUGUGCAUCGAUUAGUUUGCGAGCUGGCUGUUCAGCCGGAGCUGGCGGGAACAAAAUUUGCAGACGUCACCCAAUUCAUGACCAGUCUCCCUUCGGAUCCCGCUGCCCCGUGGAUGUCGUACAAGAACGCUUCAGCCACUGGAUCCACAUCUCGGAAUCGUACCGCUUGCCGUCAGCACUAUAACAAAUGUGGACGACCCACUGAGCUUCUGAUCGAAACCGCCCGACGUCGCCUUGCUGGGGUUGACUUCUAGACUUUUGCAUAGUUAUGCCGAUAUUUGUCGCAUCUGAAGCAUGUGCAAUACUGUUCUGUCUAUGAAAAUCUGCGACCGUAAACUAAGGGGCCUAAGGCAAUCUAGGUAAGAAUUCAGAAGCACAGCGGAUGGCUGAAAAUUGCCCUUGCGAAAUGAAUAUCCUAUUCUGGUGAAUGAUGAGUUAUAGUUAUAUCAUCGGAGAAACGGACAACAUGCGAACGUAUUUCAACUAAACUUGUAUGUCAUUACAGAUAACAUUGCAGCUCGUGAACACAUUUAUUAUUCAAACACAUAACGAUAUUAAUAAUUCUUUCUUCUAGUAAAUCUUUUAAUAAUUCAAGUACAACUAAGAAAUAAAAAAACGGCAAUAUA